GAGCGAGUGAGCGCGAGCUGAGAGCCGGCGGGUGCAGGCAGCGGCGGCGGCCAGACUGUUGAGGGGCGAGUGGCGGCGGCGGGGGCCGGGCGCGUGGCGAGGUCCACGCACAGGACCGCAUCGGGGCGCCGGCGGGAGCUAGCUGUGCCUGCAGCCGCGCCGGCCGCUUGCGCCCCUGCGCGCUUGGGUUCGGCCAUGGAGCUGCCAGCUGUUGGCGAGCACGUCUUCGCGGUGGAGAGCAUCGAAAAGAAGCGGAUCCGCAAGGGCAGAGUGGAGUAUCUGGUGAAAUGGAGAGGCUGGUCCCCCAAAUAUAACACGUGGGAACCAGAGGAGAACAUCUUGGAUCCCCGUCUGCUGAUCGCCUUCCAGAACAGGGAAAGGCAAGAGCAGCUGAUGGGAUAUCGCAAAAGAGGGCCCAAGCCCAAACCGCUGGUGGUGCAGGUACCCACCUUUGCCCGCCGCUCCAAUGUCCUGACUGGGCUUCAAGACUCCUCCGCUGACAACCGUGCCAAGCUGGAGUUGGGCACACAGGGCAAGGGCCAGGGGCACCAGUAUGAGCUCAACAGCAAGAAGCACCAUCAGUACCAGCCACACAGCAAGGAAAGGUCCGGUAAGCCGCCCCCGCCAGGGAAGAGCGGCAAGUAUUAUUAUCAGCUAAAUAGCAAAAAGCACCACCCCUACCAGCCAGACCCCAAAAUGUACGACCUGCAGUACCAGGGCGGCCACAAGGAGGCACCCAGCCCCACCUGCCCAGACCUGGGCACCAAGAGCCACCCUCCUGACAAGUGGGCCCACGGAGCUGCAGCCAAAGGCUACCUCGGAGCAGUGAAGUCCUUGGGGGGAGGGGGAGCUCCAGGCAAGGGCUCGGAAAAGGGCCCCCCCAAUGGCAUGACACCAGCCCCUAAGGAGGCAGUGACCGGUAACGGCAUUGGGGGCAAAAUGAAAAUCGUCAAAAACAAGAACAAGAAUGGGCGCAUCGUGAUCGUUAUGAGCAAGUACAUGGAGAACGGCAUGCAGGCAGUGAAAAUCAAGUCGGGCGAGGCUGCAGAGGGCGAAGCGCGCUCCCCCAGCCACAAGAAACGUGCUGCCGAGGAGCGCCAUCCCCAGGGCGACAGGACUUUUAAAAAGGCAGCCGGUGCUUCUGAGGAGAAGAAAGCUGAAGUGCCCUGCAAACGCAGGGAGGAGGAGGCUCUGGUGUCGGGGGACGCUCAGCCCCAGGACCUAGGGUCUCGAAAGCUCUCCCCGACCAAGGAGGCCUUUGGUGAGCAGCCGCUACAGCUCACCACCAAGCCAGACCUACUGGCCUGGGACCCAGCCAGGAGCACACACACGCCCGCCCAUCACCACCAUCACCACCACCAUCACCACCACCACCAUACGGUGGGCCUGAACCUCUCCCAUGCGCGCAAGCGCUGCCUCUCUGAGACCCAUGGCGAGCGUGAGCCCUGUAAGAAGCGGUUGACUGCCCGCAGCAUCAGCACGCCGACCUGCCUCGGGGGCAGCCCGGUCUCCGAGCACCCUGCCAACGUAUCCCCCACCGCAGCCUCUCUGCCGCAGCCGGAGGUCAUCCUUUUGGACUCAGACCUGGAUGAGCCCAUAGACUUGCGCUGUGUCAAGAUGCGCAGCGAUGCCGGGGAACCGCCCAGCACACUCCAGGUGAAGCCCGAGGCUCCGGCGGUGGCGGCUGUGGUGGCGCCGGCCACUGUCUCGGAGAAGCCUCCCGCUGAGGCCCAGGAGGAGCCAGCGGAGCCCCUGAGUGAAUUCAAGCCCUUCUUUGGGAAUAUAAUUAUCACUGACGUCACGGCGAACUGCCUUACCGUCACUUUCAAGGAAUACGUGACGGUGUAGUGGGAAGGAGCCGCGCCCACUGGGACUCGGCAUCUACAGAGGUUCCCAAGGAGAAGAUGCCCCAGUCGCGGUGGCCAGGCCCUUGCUCACUCCCUGGGAUCCCGACUGAGUUGCCCACCUCUUACUGUCUCCUUCCACGUGGUGCCUGCGGUCUCACCGCCACCUCCCCUUCCCUAUAGGAGACCUGAGCCCUCCCUGUGGACCACCAGAACUGACCCCGCAGCCCCGAGGCGAUCUCAGAGCUAUAGUAUUAUAUUUUAACCGUGCUAACUGUCAAGUGCUGACUCUACUCCGGUUUGUACGUGGUGUUAUUCUUGAAAUGUAUUGUUUGAGCUCAGAAGGCCCGACUAUCCCCCUUAGGGCUGAUAUAUACAUAUAUAUAUAUUUAUUUGUAGGUAUUUAUAUAUUGAAAUAUAAAAACCUAGAUUUAUGGAGUUUCCUCUAGAUCAUGUUAUAUUCUAUAUCAGACAGACUAUUUUAAGUUGGCCUUUUCUUUCCUCUUCAUUCAGUAUUUUGAUUUUAUUUCCCCUUCUCCAGGAACUGCGACACCAGUAACCUUGGUAUAUAUUUUUUGAUACUGUACACAUGGGUGUGUUGUUUCUAUGUGCAAAAAAAAAAGUUUGUUAAAAGGCUAAAGAGCUCUCUAGAACCUGCUGCUAUAGAAAUGUCUGAACUAUAAGCUUCCAAUUAUUACCUGCUUGAAUGUAAAUAUUAAAUGGAGAUGUUGAAGGUGGAAUUCAGUGUCCGAGAUUAGCUCCAGGGGGAUGUCAGAAGAUGAGGGAAGGAGGACAGAUGACCCUCUUUUACCCUACUUCUGCCUAGGUCACAUGGAAAAAGACUGUCUCUAAAGCUAAGUCUUUGCACAAACCAAGCUGCCAAGCCUCUGGGGUCUGGGGUCUCCAGAGCAGCUCCUUCAUUGGAAGGUGACACGGUGUGGGAAAGUGAGAUGUGCUAGCCUGGAAGGGUGGAGUGGGGGGAAUGUAUCAGUCACCCUGGCCCCUGGGGCUUUCUGGCUGGCGAUGUCCACGUAGCUGGCAAACCCAAUAAUUUCUGGGUUGUAGAGGCACGGUGAGAAAUGGGUGCGCUGCACACCCCCCUUCCUGGAUCCUGACUCAGGCUGGUGGCCCUUGCCCCGCCCCCCCAAAACCAGGCCUAGAACGUUCCUCAGUCCUCUCUGCUGUGGACCAGGGUACAAGUGGAGUAGACCCCAACUCUUUGGGGCUGUCCUGUUCUGACACUGUCGGUCCCGCCCCUCCAAGGAAGCCGAGGAAGCCCUUUCUCUGCCAGGCUCUCUCCCCGGAAACCACCAGGCCAAAGGCCAGGGCUGGAGCAAUGGAACUGCUGUGUUGGGGACCAAGGGCCUUCUGCUGGAUGAUUUGGGAGGGGGUGACAGGGCGCUGAGUCUGGGCUGCCACCCUAUCUUCCUUAGCUGCGUGAGCUGGCACUGGUUGCUCAUCCCCUUGGUGGCAACUAGGCCGAGGUGCUAGGUGUGGCUGGAGAAGGGAAGAAAGGGGUUAAUGGCCCCUAGGCUAGGGGUGCGGCUCGGCGGGCCAGGAAGCCACCACCAGCGGCCAGCUUUCUGCAGACACAGCGAUCUUCCUCUUGGUUCAGUGGCUAAACAGGCCCUGGGGCCUCCGGCCUGGGGAAUCUGGUGAGCUUCAGGAUUCUCCCGGCUGGCAAAGCCUCAGUUCGGGACCAAGGGUCGAGCCUAUAGUGACACGGGGCAGGAGAUGACAGCGUGGUUCGGAGUGUGUGUUUGUUUGUGUGUGUGUGGUGUGUGUGUGGGGGUGCUGAGGUAGUUCGAGGGGCAGAGUUGGGAAGGCUGGGGAAGAGAUGGAGAGGAAGGCCUAGAGGGCGGGAGGCUCGAUGCACGGAGUGGCCAGUUUUGGCUGCAGGCCAUCAGCGGCUGGGACUGGGGGAGGGGCGCGGGGCGGGGGAGGGGAGGAGGGAAGGGAACCGCUUUUUUGAAAAAGCCUUUGGGAGUUUGUAGCCCCGGCUUUUGUGAAUUGUCCCUCCCACUACCCCAUCCCCGGGAGCCCCCUUCAGAGUGAGUUAAACACCCCUCCCCCUCUGUGUAAUGAACGCCCUUUGCCACCCUGUGAGUGGAGGAGGCUGAUCUUGCUUCUGGCAACCGGCCUGCUCAGCGCUAGAAUUGGGCCUGUCCUUCACUGGCUGGUGCACAAAGGCCCGUGCCAGGCAGGAACCUCAGCCCCUGCUUUUCCAGUUCAUGAGAAUUGAAAACUCCCGAAUGCUGCCGAUCAGACCCAGAGGUGGAGCCUUGGCAGUAGGUCUGGCCCCUGAGGUGGCCCCUUUUCUGCCAAGCUUGGGGAGAGAAGCGAAGAGGCGCGGAAGAUGGCUCUCCUGGAUGACUACUAGUUCACUAGUCUUCCUGGAAAAGCCUGGUCCACAGGUGCCAUGACUCCUUGAAAGCUGGGGGGGGGGGGGGGGGGGGGGGGGGGGGGGGGCGGGGCAUGUGGAGUGAGGAGCCCCAGUCAGAGGGUAAGUAGAGGGGCAGAGGUCUAAGGGAGCAGAUAAGGUGCCCAGCCUGGUCGUCAAGACCCCCAUCUGUCCCCAAGGGGACAAGGGCUUGUCAUUUACUGUAUUCCUUUGAUGUCCCAUGAGCAUCGUGGCUUAUUUAGUCCCCAGAAGGACAGCUCUCUGUGACACGGAUUUGAGGUUCUGAUGGGCAUUCCCUAGCUCUUGCCUUGAUUCUGGAACCAAACUGGCUGAUCCCAAUCCUGCAGAGGCUCCGCGCAGGACCUCUCAGCCCUCGGUGCUGGUCUCAGAGGACAAGUCUUGGGGAUAGAAGCAGACUUCCUCCUCCAAGGGGCACUUGGGCAGAAAGGGUUCAGAAGGCUCUCCUGGUGUGGGUGGUCCCUGACCAGCACUUUGCCAACAGCUGGUCACAAGCUCCCUCUUUGAAGGAGAGAGUUCAGAUUCAAGGGUAAAAAGGAAGGCUUUGCAUUCUACACAUACCCAAACUGUCCAAAAGGCUUCCCCCCCCCCCUCAGAAUGAACCCAAACCUUUCUUACUUUGUUAAGCCUCAGACACAGGCCAGAGUUAGGAGUGCAAAGGCCCAGGGGUUAUUUGUGAAGCCUCCUGUCUGAAGCCAGCUUGACUACAGCUCUGGUCUACCAGUAGUCUGCCUGACUGCCUCAGCUUACUUCCAGAAGAUACAAGUUUAUCCCACAGUCUUUACUCCAUCCUUGGACACCGCAGUUGGUGUCAUUUGUUGGGGAUGUCCCACAGAUGUAGCAUGGUUUGGGUCUAGAGUUGUCAGGCCAAUCAAAUAAGAAUUUAGGGUUCGUAGCUCAAUUUGGAUAGCGUAUGCAUGUGACUCAAUCAACAGCAUGUGCCUAUAAAUCGAUCACAAGCAUGUAAAUGCUUGUAAAUAAAUACAUAUUUUAAAGGUUGA